AUGUUUUUCAUUUACGCGUUCUGGUCCUUGGUGUUGGCUUAUCUAAUCUGGACCCUGGUCCGAUUAACGGCCAACUACAUCGAAGCAAAGAAGAUCGGGUUGCCAAUUCUUAUCGCUCCCGUCAAUCCAGCAAGCCCUUUAUGGAUGUUCACCAAGGAUCGUCUCAUACCCAUCAUCAGCUCAUUGCCUUGGGGACUGGGUGAAUGGGCCAGCAGGGCAGAAGUCGGUUGGACUUUCUACCAAAGAUACUCAGUCCAUGCAAAGUAUGGCGAGGCAUUUACUAUUGUCUCUCCCGGCACAAAUGAAAUUUAUCUUGCGGAUCCCGCUGCCACUGAGGAUAUAAUGCGGCGGCGCAAUGAUUUCAUUAAAGACCCGGCUAUGUACGGCAUGCUGAACAUCUACGGGCCCAACCUUGAUACCGUCAAUGGCAAGGUAUGGGAUCGCCAUCGCAAAAUCACAGUUCCGCCCUUCAAUGAACAGAACAGUGCUUUGGUCUGGCGAGAAACCGCAGAGCAGGCUGACCAGAUGCUGAAAGUUUGGUCCGAGAAAGAUUAUAUCACGAGCACCCAACUUGACGUUCAUGCCGUUGCCCUCAACGUCUUGUGCGGCGCUGGCUUCGGCAUACACAGUAGCUUUGUUGAUACGAAGCUAUCAGGCGGCGAGAAUCAAGCACAGACACAACUUGGUUAUCGAGAGAGCCUGCGAAUGCUGCUUGCAAACAUUAUCCAGCUUGUUCUUUUGAGCGUUAUGAAGAAAGCAGGGGUUCCGGAUUGGUUGUUCUUUGGCAACAUGCAAAAGCUGUCCGUCGCGUACGAAGAUUUCAAGAGAUAUAUGAGUGAGAUGCUUGCAAGGGAGAAGACUGCCUUUGAACAGGGCGACUUGACAAGGCAUAAUCUUAUGAGUGCGUUGGUCAGAGCUUCCGAGCAGUCGAAUGAGGCAGCCCGGACAACCAAAGAUCCCGCGGCAGCAGCUGCAGCAGGGCUCUCAGAUGAAGAGGUAUAUGGGAACCUCUUCAUUUAUAACCUGGCUGGCCACGAUACCACAGCCGCCACCCUCCAUUUCGCACUCACCCUAUUGGCUGUUCAUCCCGAAUGGCAGACCUGGAUCGCUGAAGAGAUUGAUCAAGUUCGAAAAGACGACCCGUCAGGCAUGUGGUAUUAUGAGGAGACUUUCCCCAAGCUGGAGAGAUGCCUAGCGCUCAUGUAUGAGACGGUCCGGCUGUAUGGGCCAGUCGUGAUGAUGCCUCGCUACACAGGAGAUGCUGCACAACGACUCAGCAUUCAGGGAAAAGAAUACAUCUUGCCACCAAAGACGUCGGUUUCGUUGAACUUUGCCGCCCUCCACACCCACCCAGACUACUGGGGACCAGACCCCACGAAUUUCCGGCCUGACAGAUGGAUUGCGCCCAAGGGGGAGACGAAGAGCGUCGCCGGUGACUCAUCAAUGUUGUAUCAGCCUGCCGACGGUUCGUUUGUGCCCUGGAACGCGGGUCCCAGAGUCUGCCCAGGCAAAAAAUUCUCCCAGGUCGAGUUCACCCGGGUCAUCUUCAGUUUAUUUGCCGACGGCUCGAGGGUCGAGUUGGUCCCGGAGGUUGGUGAGAGUAUUCAGGCGGCCAGAGCGAGGAUACUGCAGAUCGUAAACGAGGCGAGGGUCGAGGUGACGUUGAAGAUGGUGGACGCUGAACGGGUCAAGCUUAGGUGGACCAAGAAGGCUGCAAGCCUCUGA